AUGACGCGCCGCAACCAAAGUACAAGAGGAGUUCGCGGCGGCAAUCGAUUUGGUGGAAAUCGCCAGACAAGUGGCAAUUCACAGAAUGCAAAAAAGAAAGAAAAACGACCGCCCAAGUAUCAUCUGAGCGACCCAGAUUUUCCUUAUGCCGAUGUAACAAGAAGCCUCAUCGAACGAAUUGGAAUGGAGGGAUUGGAGUACCCCGAGUACCCCCAGAUUAUGAUAUCUGCCAUCAAAGAAUUAAAUGAACCAGACUGGGAUGAUUUGAAACCCAAAUUGAAUUUAACUGGUCAAGAAGACAAAAUUGAGAAAGAGGCAAAGAAAGAAGAAUUGAAAACAGAGAGUGUCAAAUAUCAUCGACAAAAGCGAUACUGGAGCAAAGCAAAGUGGCAUGUUCAUUCGCUGAUUAUGGAGUCAUUUGUUACCAGUAAAAUGAAGGACAAGAUUCUGCAGGAGGUCGAUUACAAUGAGAAAAUCGAGGGUGAUCCUAUUGAAUUAUUGAGACGCAUCAAUAAACUUAUGACGACCAGUGAUGUGACAGACUGGGAACCCAUCACAUUGUGGGAAGCACUACAGAAGUGGGUGAAUUGUCGUCAGAAAGGAAAUGAAACGGUAAUUGAAUACCGCAAACGAUUUGAAGAGUGCGCAACUACAGUAUUAUCUUUCAUGGGUGAUUUGUGGCUAGAUGUGUUUGCCUCAAAGAUGACCGCAUAUCAUGAAAUUAAAAACAAUCGUCCGACUGAUGGUUUAUCGGAUAGAGAAAAGAAGCGAGUUGCCGCAGAAGUUGAAGCACUUCAAGAAGAAUUUCAGGAAGAGUUUGUAAAGUUGUUCUGUGCUGCUGGGCUACUGCACAACUGUGAUCGUGCACGAUACCAGCCGGUACUUGAUCAUUUUGUUACUGCAUACGCUGUGGAGCACGUGGAUUAUGCUCAGCGAGAUUUGUUUCCGAGAGAUGUGGAAGCUGCAGCCAAGGCGCUACACAAUCAUUGGGCAAAGAAAACAACAACACCGAAACCUAACAACAACAACAACACAAAUGAUAAAACGAACACUCCACAGAAUGGUACUAACCUUGCACAAGAAUACAACAAGGAGAGUAAGCGUAAAUGUUUUUGCUGUGGCAAGGCGGAUCAUGUUGCACCGCGAUGUGAACAUCGAUUCCGACCCAAGGAACAAUGGAAAGAUCCGACAAAAUGGAGAUCGUAUCCCAAUAAUGAAUCGGGACGCGAACAGGUACACCUGCAGGCAAGCACCAAGGAUGGAUCUGUGCAGUCAAGUGUGACAGCUAACACCGCAGGUACGCUCGCUACCAAUGAUGGUGGUAUUUCUCAGCAGAACCACAUGCAGACUGGUUCGGCUGACAGGAGUGGUGGUCCAUCGCCUCGAAAGCAAAAGAUUGGCAUUCAGGGGUGGAAUAUGGCUCAGUUUGGCGGACGUAAGAGAGUACCGCAGCCUAUUUUAAGACCUUCAAGAUUUGGAACGUCACCACCACACGACAUAAUGGCGAACUGGCAGGUACAAUUGGAUGCUGUCAGAGCAGCUGAAGAAGACGACAGUAUUGCAAGUACACAGAGCUCCAACGUACAGGUUGGUAGGGAAGUAGCUGUGAUGCAUUCCCAGGCUCAUCGCGGACUCAAGUACAAGGAUAGCGGCAAUCUGGUAUAUCUUGAUUCAAAUGAUUAUAAGGAUGGCAAGAUUCCGGAGCAUUUUGAUAUGCAUGAUCCGAAGUGGUUUUGUUUGGGCGCAACAGGUCCGUCCCUUGACACUGGUUUGACAUUUCAUCUUUGCAAAGAUUCGAUGAAUGCGAAGAUGGGAACAUUGAAAGAGCUUCCGUAUAUUUUCAAUUAUGAAACAAAUGUUGGAGGAGGAAGGAAUCUAACACAUGAAGUUGAGAGUAAACACAUGAAUAAUAUGUGUAAGUAUGACGCCGAUGCCAUCUGUGAUGUGGACAGUGCGUCGUUAUUGGUAAAAGAAGGGUAUCGUAUCGUGAUGGAUGUUAGAAUAAAGCAAAAUGUGCUCUAUC